AUGGCACCAUCUAAGAAGAACCUCAAGGCUACCAAAAAGUUCGAAAAGAAUCAUUUGCAGGGUGUUCUGGACCGGAGAAAGGUGACGGCCAAGAUCAAGCAGAAGCAACAGAUCAAGGACAAGCAAAAACAGCGCAAGGCCAAGGAUGCCGAAUUCUUUGGCAAGGAUGGCAAGCCGCGGCCAAGCGGCCCCAAGGAUAGAAAGGUCAAUGACAUGAGCGUUGACGACUUCUUCCAGGGCGGCUUCGAAGAUAUCAUUGACGACAAGUCCGAGAAAGCCAAGCUAGGCAAGAGAAAACGUGACGAGCCCAAGGCAAAUGCCGAGGAGGAUGGAAGCGACUCGGAUGCCAUGCAACCGCAGCCAGUCGCCAGCGACAGCGAGGACGGCGACGACGAUGACGAUGACGCCGGCAUGAACCAGGAGACCAUGGACGGGCUUGCCGAAAAGGACCCCGAAUUCUACAAGUUUCUAAAAGAAAACGACCCCGAUGCGCUCGACUUUGAUGACAAUGCCGAUCUGGCCGAGGUUGAUGAGCUAAGCGCUGGCGAAGACUCGGAAGAAGAGGAGGAGGAGGAGCAGCAGCCUAAGAAGAAGAAGCAAAAGAAGGCCAAGAAGGCUGAGGGAGAAGCAGACGCGGCUGAAGCAGACAGCAAGGAGCUUACUACGGCUAUUGUAGCUGGUUGGCGCAAGUCCAUGAAGGAGAAGCAGUCUCUGCGCGCGACGAGACAAGUUGUUCUCGCCUUUCGCUGCGCCGCCCACCUCAACGAGGACGACAUUGACGAAAACGCGGACCAAAAAUGGACCAUUAACAGCCCCGAAGUGUUCAACGACAUCCUCGUGCUCGCCCUGCGCGAGAUCCCUCCCGUCAUCAACCACCACCUGCCCGUCAAGGAGUCGGCCUCGGGCCGCGUGUACGUGCAGACGGACAGCAAAAAGUUUUCCGCGCUCUCGCUGCUACUCAAGACGUAUACGUCGGCCAUUAUGCACCUCCUCGGCACGCUGUCUGACGACCGCACGCUCAAGCUGACGCUGUCUGCCAUCACGCCGAUCCUGCCGUACCUGUUGUCGUUCAAGAAGCUCGUCAAGGCGCUGGCCAAGGCCGUCGUCAGCUUCUGGGCGCAGCCCGCGAGUUCCGAGUCGACGCGCGUCACGGCCUUCCUUGUGCUUCGGCGGCUCGUCGUCAUCGGCGACAAGGGCAUCCGCGAGUCCGUCCUCAAGGCCGUCUACCAAGGCCUCGUGCAGGGCUGCCGCAUCACCAACCACAACACGCUGGCCGGCAUCAACCUGAUGAAGAACUCGGCCGCCGAGCUCUGGGGAAUCGACGCCUCGGUCGGUUACGCGACCGCGUUCGGCUUCAUCCGGCAGCUCGCCAUCCACCUGCGCAACAGCAUCGUGCACAACAAGAACGACGCGUUCCGCAUGGUCUACAACUGGCAGUUCACGCACUCGCUCGACUUCUGGUCCUGCGUGCUCGCGCACCACUGCACUCCCGCCAAGGCCGCCGAGGCCGGCCGCGAGAGCCCUCUCAAGCUGCUCGUCUACCCGCUCGUGCAGGUUACCCUCGGCGCUAUGCGCCUUAUCCCCACCGCGCUCUACUUCCCGCUGCGCUUCCACCUCGUCCGCGCGCUGCUGCGCGUCUCCCGCGCCACAGACACGUACAUCCCGCUCGCCUCGCCGCUGCUCGAGGUGCUCGCGGCCGCCGAGAUGCGCCGCGCGCCGCGCGCCGCCACCCUGCGCGCGCUCGACUUCGCCGUCGCCUACAAAGCGCCCAAGGCGUACCUGCGCACGCGCGUCUUCCAGGACGGCGUCGGCGAGCAGGUCGUCGAGCUCCUCGGCGAGUUCGCCCUCCUGUGGGCGCGCUCCGUCGCCUUCCCCGAGCUUGCCCUGCCCAUUGUCAUCCAGCUCAAGCGCUGGCUCAAGCAGGCGCGCAGCGCCGGCGGCCGCGGCAACAAGAACGCCAAGCUCGCCACCCAGGUCGCCCUGCUGGUGCAGAAGCUCGAGGCCAACGCCAAGUUUGUCGAGGGCCGCCGCGCGGCGGUCGACUUCGCGCCCAAGGACCGCGCCCAGGUCGACGCCUUCCUGCGCGACUUCGACGUCGCCAAGACGCCGCUCGGCGCGUACGUCGUCGGCCAGCGCAAGGCCCGCGCCGAGCGCGCAAAAGUGAUGGAGGAGGCCCGCAAGGAGGACGACAAGAAGCGGAGGGAGGACGAGCGCGCCGCCCUGGAGGAGGAGGGUGACGUGAUGGACUCGGACGAGGACAUGGAGGUUGACGACGAGGAUGAUGAGUUUGACGUGGAUGAGGACGAUGAGGGGGAGGGGGAGCAGGAAGAUGAGGAAGAGGAUGACGACGAGUAG